GACGAACUGUCCAGAAGCCCUCGUCCCUCGUUCUCCGGUCUUCGCAAUCGCUUUUCCCGGAUUUAUAUACAUACAUACGGUCUAUGCAUUUGCUUUUGCUCUAACCAGAACUCCAGGAGACAAAUACCAGCAACGACCUCGAGCGAGUCACUCUCGAAUGGGGAUCGCGUAUAAACCCCGCGCCCCGAUGCGUCUUCGGCUUGUGCUCCCGAUCUGGGCCCUGUUCGGUCCAAGCCUCGUAUUGCGUACCUUGUGAUCAGGAUUGACUACUGUACAGCCCACGAGAUGCUGUCGCACCUCCGCUUCCAUCGACGUGCCCCGUCGAACCCAACAUCUCCUCUGCCCGAGCCGGACCCCGCCGACGACGCCCCCACGCGCCACGAACGCCCUGAUUCAGCUCGAGAUGUCUCACAGCGCUCUGAUGCACGUCCGCAGUCGUCAAAUUCUUCCCAGAUGCCACCGAUGCUGCCCCCGAUCACACGCGUUGCAUCCACCGGCUCCGAGCACUCGUUCGCCAUGCGAGAUGACGCCCCAGUCGCAAACAAUGGCUCGCGUGGCCAUCUCGUUCGCCUUCCCUCUGACGAGGACAGCAACACAGGCUUCAUUGGCGGUAUAGCCCUGCAGACUUACAGGCAAGAAGACCAGGCCGCGAGGCACAAUCCUGCAAUGGCCGCCGGCCAGCUGCCCGAAAGUCAGCUCUCGAGAGGGAAGCCCCCACCGUCGCCCAUCAACACGGGUUUCGCUGCCCGCCCGGCGAUCACGGCGACCAAGCCAGCCAAAUCUUCGUCAUUUGUCGCCCCGACGGACCUGCAGCACGUACCCGGAGGUUCCAACGGUCGCCCGGCAGGACCACGAUAUGCCAGCGAGCCCGCUCCGGGCCCCGGUUCCGUUGCCGAAUCGCAAAAGGGGAGGAAAGGCCUACCAUUUCUGAAGAACCCCAUGUCAUCUCUUUUGAUGCGGAGGAAAACAGGUCACGCCGCGCCGGAAACCCAGCCUUUCCCCUUCACGACAACACCUAGCUACGAUCCCCGCAUCAGGGGCACGAGGGUCCACGACUUUAGCGCCCCACGACCGAAAAAGACAACCAAUGCCGAGUCCGUGUUAGCACUAAAGUCCGAUGCCGGGGCUUCGGCAGGUAUCUCGGCGGCGCGCGUCGAGCCGAUAACCUCACCACCCCAAGACGGUUCCAGCAAACCGAUCUCAGCGGAGCCCGUUAACCAUCCCGUGGGCGGGACCGCACACAGCGACGGCGAGAGCGGCCCGGUGCCCGAGGUAGACAAGUCAAGAAAGUUGUCGUUAGAGAAGGCCUUGCCCGAGCAUCCUUUGCCUGAUGUCCCACCAAAGGACGAGCCGGCAGCUCUUCGUAGCAGGUUAUCAUCUGCUGCCUCAAGCACUACAUCCACAGCAGUAUCGCAACCUGCCACCUCAGCUUCCGUGAGGACGACGGCAUCUCGAAAGGUGUCUCUCUCUCAGGCAUCGAGGCGGGAUUCGGUGGCUUCUGCCGUCCCGAAGCAUAUGAAGAGCACGUCUUCAAGGUUUAGCUUCGAUAUGAUCGGCGCUGCCAAGCAGGAGAAGCUGCUGGAAGAACGCCACCGGCAGCGGGCGCAGGAAAAGAAAACGGAUGAUCCCGCCGGCUAUCGAGACUCACGAUAUGACGAUUUCGACGAAGGGUCCUUUGACUACGAUGCUAUGAUGGAUGACGGUGGGAUCGAGGAGAUGAUCCCAGGUAUCAACGCUGACUAUGAGGAUGAAGAAGACCCGGAAGCGGCGCUGGACCCGGACAACGACCAGGAGAAUUUUGCUGGAUUUGUGUUCCAGCGCUCGAACCCUGCAUCGUCACUAGCCAGUCCAAAUACGCCAGCCAUGCUGGCAACCCCCCGGGAUGCAAACGGCAAGGUGAUUGGUUUUGCCAUGACCAAAGAUACCACCCCCGAGUUACCGUCGGCGGAGUCUCCCAUGUUCCCUGUUCCGUCUGUGCCACCUAAGAUAGAAAUGGACCUCCAAGGUCUUGGCGUUCGAGGUUCAGACGCACCCACACCCGCAGAAGCGGCACUUGGCACUAGCGAUCUGCCUGGCGAGGCAAACCUAGGCUCGAUGCGCCAAACUAGCAACGACGAUCUCUACUUUGACGAUGGCCUGGCGAAUGAGCUGGAGUUUGACCACGACGGGACUGUCUUUGAUGAAUCUAUCUUUGACAACGACGAUACGGAUCGGUUCGGGCGCCCAAUACCUGGCGCAUUUGCCCAGGCGAAGGAAGCGAUGAAAGUCUCCCAGCAGCAGCAACAACCCUCCAAGCGCGAUUCCGAUGUGACAUCAGACUUGUCAGGGCAGUCCGCAGUGACCGAAUCCACGGGCUACACGUCACUUAGCACAGGCCUGCAGCAGCCACCAGCUCAACAGGUGAAAGAGGCAGAGCAAUCUCAGUCUCUGAAACCAGCUCCUUUAAAUCUAAACGCCGGAGCCGUGGUGCCUAUAGCCGUGCAGGACCUUGCCUAUCAAGCCGCUCUCGCAGAAGCCGCACAAAAGGCGGCGGCCUCAGGAAAAUUCCGAAGAACUUCAUCCCCGCCAGUCCCAGACGACGAUGCUUUCCCUGGCGCGCAGGCUCAGGAAUCUGCCGAGUCUUCUAUGGAUCCCUACCUUGAAGAUCUAAACGAUUAUGAAACCGACGACUUCAACCCCACCAGUUUCGAAGACGACUUCGACUUUGACGACGAAGCUAUCAUAGCCGAGGCCAACGCCAGCGCCUUGGCCAAUGAUACGGAUGGCUUCUACGGCCAAGAGUUCGGCUUCUACUCGGCCCCACUACCCAUCCCCCCGUCCGCCGCACAUCAGCCCUAUCACACACCGUCCUCCUCAACCCCGAAUAGCAGCAGCAGCAUCCUCAGCGCCGAGAAUCUGUACCAGUACGCCAAUGGCGGCUAUUUUGGCCCUGCCGGGGUCGGGAGGAGCGCCAGUGGCAGGGUGGUUUGCCGCGAGCCGAACCUGACGCCGAUUACUGAGCGGUCAGAGUACUCCAACCGGAACUCGGUCAUGUCCUUUACCAUGCCUCCCGUUGGUAGUGGUGCUGACGCGGGCGGGAGGAACUCCAUGACCAGUCCCGGGUUAGCGCAGCUGGCGAGUCUGCUUUCCGAGGAAGGGGAGGGCGAGGACAAGAACAUGAGCCUGGAGGCCUUGAUGAAGCUAAGGUCUCGCGCGUGGGGAGGGGGUGGGUCCCAGGGUAGUUCGCGAGAAGGCAGUCCCAGGAGCGAGAGGGCCGUGAAUCCUCUUGAUGGCGCUGCUGCCAGCAGCGGAUCGCCUUAUGGCUAUCUAAGCGGCGGCCAUGUGCGCGCCAAUUCAGCGUUUGUGUCAUUGUGGGCUGGCGGCGGUGCCGACGGCGGGGCCGGCAGCGGCAGCGGGGCGGCGAGUCCCACCUUGGCAGCAGCCGGGUUGGCGAUGGGGAUGGUGCCGCCGCUACAUGGUAGCGGCAGUGGUGCACAGCAGCAGCAUGGCAUGAACGGCGCUGUCGUCUCACCGCUACCGCUCAGGCCGCCGGCUCGCUCGCUCUUCUCUCCCGUGCCGUCUCCGGGACAGGGCGACGAGGAGGCUUUGUCUCCUGAGGGCGGCCCCGUGGGAGAGCUAGCGCCUGCGUUGCCGGUCCGAAGGGCGACGAGCCCGGCUGGAAGAGUGGAGUCAUCACCGGCGGAUGGACUGGUGGCUUCUGCACCGCCUUCUCCGCAGGCUCACCGUGCACCCGGGAAGGGACAUCGCCAUAAGGGGUCUACGGAUCGCAUCUCGUAUGUUAAAGACGAGGAGAGCGGUGGGAACAGGUGGGUGGUAGAGAGGAGGCGCACAGCCGAGAGCGGAGAGGUGGAGAUCCUAGGGAGGGAGGUCGUUGAUGGGGGGAGUAUAUAG